AUGACGAACAACGGGAUGCCACUCAUCUUGGACGGCAGCUUGGGAAGCAUGGGAGGUAUGGGAGCCAUGGGAGGUGCCCCGAUCCAUGUCAACUUGGAGGACGUCGACGAUCUCUUUGGCGAUGGCGUCCCGCUCUCUCUGCCGCCUCGACCGCCGAGCCGACGUCUGCGACAGAGGCUGGACGAGCUCCGCGGUCGGGGCUGUUGCAAGGGCAUCGCCUGGUCCAAAGGCGGCACCAUCGCUUCUAUUGCGCCCGAUGGUCAAUCUCUACAGCUGAGCUAUCUCCGCGCCGACCCCAAGGAUGCCACCUGGGCUUUGAGCGAGCCCAAAGAGAUCACGCCCUGGGCCAGUCUCGCCGGCGGACCUAUUGUUCAUCUACAUUGGAGUCCGGCAAAUUCGGAGCUCGCCGUUGUCGACGCCGUAGGUCGGGUUCUCAUCCUGAACUUCAACGCCGAUCUGAACAACUCUCGUGAAGCCCGAAAGUGGGAUGGAGACGCCAUAGACGAUCUUCAUGCCGUUGUGGGCUCCCACUGGCUUAACCCAAUUCCAUCCAACUCAAGAUACCAUCCUGUGUAUACGCCAGCUAUUAAGAGUGGCAAAGGAUUCGAGUAUGUGUUUGAGAAUAAGGGACUCCCCAGCAUGGGACCAUCGCACCCCAACCCCAACAGAUCUGCCUUUAUUUGCAUCACCACCAAUGGUUUAUUCAAGAUGUACUGGAGCCAAAACACCGGUAUCAUCGAGGAGAAGAUUUGUGAGCUGGAGAGCGUCACAUCUGCCGAUGACCUGAUAACACACGCCGCCGUUUGUGCGGAUAAGACAAUGAGAACCAUCUUCAUCGCAAUGGCUACUACGUCCAAGCAGCUUCGUGUUGUCCAGGUGAUGAUCAGCUUCAAUGCUCCCAAGCCAGAGAACCCUCCAAGCAUUCCACCUGGGGGCUUCCAAUUGAACCCAUCCCUUGGGAAACGACAUAUUGCUGUCACGAGCUGGGGUCAGACAGCCAGCAGCGAGUCGCCUCUCGAUAUGUCCAUGGCCAAGAUAUCGCACCUCGAAAUGUUGCCUGCUCUCUUCAAUAUGCCCACCAAGGAUUGGUCACCUAUGAUACUACUCACAGUGCGAACAUUCGUGCCGGAGCCCAACUCACCCUACGGCCAGGAGGUGCAAAGCAUCAUCGACAGAUGGGAGUUAUUGACCGACCAGAAAGAGACUCCACAUGCUGCAUUUGAGCAGCUUGGCUCAAGGAGAAACAGCAUGGAGUCGGCCCCUCCCGUGGGCGCAAGGCUCAAGAAGCUUGACUCGACCAUAGUCAACAAAGUUGUCAUGGGGAUCAGUGUCCUUUCUUUUGGAAAGGUCAUAUGCUUGACUUACAACGAUGGCAGCAUCGAAUACCGAGAUCGCUUCUCCAUGAACGAGCUAUAUCGAGAGGUCAAUCUGGACCAGAUAUACUCGAUCCUUGAAGCAGGGUUCACCCAAACAGGAGAGCCAGGUUGCUUGCAAAUGGCAUUUUCACCGUCCAACUUUUCCUUGGUCCAGAUGUAUGAGGAUGGCAAGGUCAAGUGGCAUAACCUAGCAUACACCCUCGAGGAUGUCACUUCUAUCUCGGACGCCCAUCUCGCUGCCGUCAAUGCUGCUUUCGUAAUGUCGACCGCUGGUGCGGGUGCGAACGGCGCCAACAUUGACGACAUCCUCGCUGUCGCCAGGAAAUUUAUCCACAAAGAUCAUUUCGCAGUUAAGUGGGCGACAGACAUGGUGCAGAUCAACCGAUCAACAAUCGAUUACUCCGAAGAAUCACCUCAUGAUCAUCUCAUCCGGAACAACACGCUGCAGUUAUGCUUCAGCAUUCUUAACCAUCUCGGUUGGGAAGGCGAGUUCAAGCCGCGGCAUUAUCGGAGCAAGUUCGCGGUGCUGGCUCUCAACAUGCGCAAUAUUGUUAUUCUCGUCAGUCUCGCAAGUAACGCACCGAAUGCGAUGCGGGGUUCCUCGAGUCCGCUUGACGAGCCUGAGGUUGUGGAUGCCUUGGCCGGCUGCACGAAAUGGUCAAUCGACCUUAUCUGCUGGCUGUGCGACUGCUUGUUCUGUCUCCUCACCGAUAGCAGGUUUAUGGGCUUUUUGACCCAGUCCAACCAGUCGCAGUUGGUGUACAUGACUCAAUAUCUGCAGUCCAAGAAUGAGAUAGCACUACAUCUCAUCCUCUGCUCUUCCACGCGGAAUCUGCUUUCCGCCCUGUGUCGUCGCAUCAAUCUUCUCGACAGCUGCUCCGCUCGUGCCAUUCAAUGGUACCGGAGCCGUGGUGAGGUGGCCGAUAACAGCAGCCGUGAAGCGAAUCACAAGGCACUGUACGCAGCCUAUAAGAAAAUUCAACGACACACAGCUUCUGCACUCAUCAAGGCCGAUGAGUUUGACAAACUCCUGACGACGCUGGCCACGGACAUUCGAUCUGCAUACAAUACAUCGGGCCUAGCCGAACAGGCUCAAAAAGCUGCCAAGAACCAGCCCCCGAACCAGAGGCCAGAUUUAGCACGACAGUACGUCGAGCUUAACCUAAUGCUAGUACAAACGCCAGCACCGCAGUUUCUGGCCGUCACGGCCAAGUUCUUCCGCAAUGACUUGACAGAGUUUCGGGAACAUGCACCGCUUGCGAAGCUGUACUUCAAGAACUACGAACUACUCGAAAUUGAUGACGAACCUAAAGCCCUGGAGAAGCGGAGAGCAAAGGGGAUGAUGGUGGACCUGUUCAGGCGGGUCGAGAUGAGCAGGUCGUGCGGCGGCCGCAUGCGCUUCAAGAGGUGCUCCCGGUGUGCCAGUGUCAUGGAGGACAUUUCCCAUAUGCACAACAAGCCCGGCAUUAGUUUCCUGCUCAGUCAGCAGCGCACGUGUUGCUGUGGUGGACGGCUGUCUUUGCUACCUUAG